AUGGAUCUCGACCGAGCGUCAGGGCCAAAGGACAAGCGGGGUAGCGUCAGCUCGAGCCCAGGUUCGAGUCCCGCAGAAGCGGUUGACAAGGGCAAACAGCCGGGCAAGAGCAGCGGGAGCGGGAGUGGGAGUGCCGACAACAAGUGGGUUGAGAGUGUCGACUAUGCGUACGAGUAUGUGCCGGUCACCCAGAAGCGCGAGGGGCGCAAAAACAUUCAAUACGAACUAAUCAUGCGCCAAGAACCACAACAAGCACGCAUGUGUGGCGUUGGAGAGAAGUCGGAUCGCCGACCUGUCGACCCAACUCCCAUCAUCCAACUCAAGGUCAAGACGGACAAGGGCGAAGAGAUUACGCCCAUGGGCAAUGACGGCAAGGGAAGGAGUAACGGCCAGCUGUACAUGCAGAACCCAUACUACUUCCUCUUUGCCUGCCUCGUGGGUGGCGAUGACCAGGACUCUGAGCUGCAUGUCAUUGAUGACGGCCGCACACGCUUUCUAACUGGCACGCCAGUAUCAUCACUCUAUCACCUCAAGGACAUUGACAACAAGGACGCCGCGUUCUUCGUCUUCCCCGAUUUGGGUGUUCGUAAGGAGGGAAGUCAGGAGGUCUACUACUGCACGACAGUUCACACGCAAACAUUCUCCGUCUACUCAGCCAAGAAAUUCCCCGGCAUGCAGAAGGCGACAGAGCUAUCCAGGGUAUUCGCCGAACAAGGGCUCAAAAUCCGUGUUCGCAAGGACCCACGUCCUGCCCGAAACAAACCAGCUGGCAAGCGACCCAAGAGCGCAGGAAUGUCGGAUGAUGAGGACCCGUACAACCAGAAGCGUCACCGACCCGGAAGCCAGGCUGCCUAUCUCGGUCUCGAGGGACCUCGUUACCCCAGCGACCCUCCAUACGCCAGCUAUCCACCGCCCCCCAACAACGGCUACUAUGCGCAGUACGGACACGGUGGCGGUGGUCCCAUGGCGCCCCCACCUCCGCCGGCGUUUGAUGGGUACCGCCCUGGCUCGUCGGGGGGUCCUCCCCCUCAUCACAUGCCGCCUGGCGCACCUCCUCCUCCUCCUCCUCACCCUCCUCCUCCGACGGCGUACCCUGGUCCGUCGUACUCGUACCCGCCUAAUUACGGCCCAGGGUACCAGAGGCAAGCUGGCCGACACUCGCUCCCUCCCAACUAUCCCCCGGAAGCAGCAUAUGGCAACUACCCCCCCGGGCCCCCUCCUCCCAAUGCCGCGCCGUACGACCCUCGCUGGGCGGACCGUGACCCUCGCGACGCACCUCCUCGUCAUCGCGAUCCGCGCGAGGAGAUGCGCGUCCCGCGGGAGAUGUCGGUGCCCCGCGAUCCUCGCGAAAUGUCAGUGCCUAGGGACCCGCGCGAAAUGUCGGUUCCUCGGGAUCCUCGGGAGCUGAGUGUGCCUCUUCGCGAGGUACCUCCUCGAGACCCCCGCGAACUAACACCGCGAGACCCCCGCGACCCCCGAGAGAUGCCUCCGCGUGAUCACCGCGAGCUGCAGCCGCGCGACUAUCGCGACCCGCGCGAGGUGUACGCACAUGACAUGCGCGACCCGCGUGUCGAUCCUCGAGGGGACCCUCGCUACGAUCCCCGUGUCGACCCUCGUGUUGAUGCUCGUGUUGAUCGUCGCGUCGAUCCUCGUGUCGAUCCUCGCGUUGACCAUCGUGUUGACCCGCGCCUUGAACAUCGGGUCGAUCCUCGCGCGGAUCCGCGCUAUGACCAGCGUGACCCGUACUACCGUGGCCCCGAGCCCGAUCAUCCGCCUCGCAGUGCCGGAUCAAUCCGCCCUCCUGUUCACCAACCCCCAGUCGACCGGCAUAGACCCACCACGGCACCCGCGCCCCGCGAGCACCAGUACCACCACCCCCAUCGCCCUCCCCAUCGCCCUCCCCCGCCGCAGCGCCUGCCUUCUAUGUCGUCGCGCAUGGACGCGCCGCCCAGCCUUGGCACAUACCAUCGCGACCCUCGUGACCGUGAGGACGGCUCGCGUCCUGGGUCUGGCUGGAGCCAGGAUUCGCGCAGGUCGCACUCGUACCGCUCGAACGAGCGGCCGGGCUCACCAGACGCAAAGCCCACUGGCCGGAUGGGCCUCGGCCACCUGGUCGACUGA